UCUCAGGAGAAGCAGGUGCUGAUGCAGUUGGCGGAGAAACGGGAACGUGAGAAGGAGGUGCUCAACAAGGCCCAGGAGGUCAACAACAACUACAGCAAGAUGACCGAGGAGAAGCUCAACCACAAGAUGGAGCUGAUCCAAGAAAAUCGCAUGGCCCGUCUCAGUGCUCUCAAGCAGCGUCUGAGAGAGAAGGAGCGUCACGCUGCAGAAGUCCGUAAGAAUAAGGAACUUCACACUGAGCUCUCUGGAUAAGGACACUCUUUGACGCCAGAGCUGUGAGAUGUCCAUUUGGAGAAUAUCUCAUUUUCUGGCCAGUCUUAAGAGGUCAUAUCAGACUCACCUUAUCAGUUUACCUUAUCAAUAAAUGUCUGAGCAUAUAACAGUAUCCCACAUACAAUUACAUGGAC